UGUUCAGGCGACAAGCGACGGUCGGAAAGUCGGGGGUAAAUAAGAAGAGAAGAAUUUGAAAGAAAAAAAGAGAAAUCCCGUAGAAAUCGAAUCCCUAAUUCCACCAAUGCCUUCUUCAUUUCACCCAAUUUGCUUCUUCUUCUUGAACGAACCUUCAAUUCAAGCUUGAAAUAUAUUCAAUUUCAGCUCUUCUUUUUUCUUCUCUUCCCAGUUUUCAAUACAUAGUUUUUACGCUUGGACCUCGUUUGUGGUGGCUAAGGGUGGUGGUGGAGGCCGAAAUCAACAAGAACAUGCACUGAGAGGAGAGAGAAACUGUCGUGAGCAUUGGUGUCAAAAUCGCGAGUUAACUCGUAAAAUCACGGCACCACCCUCCUCCCUCUAUCUCGCGCGGCGCAGCCAGCAACCACCCCUCUCGCUUAGUAUUUCAUAGAUGGAUUCUCAUGUGGAAGAAGGGUGUUCUUCUGAGACUUUGGCAUUCAUGGAGCUCGCUAUAGAACAGGCGAAAGAAGCUCUGAACAGCCUUGAAGUGCCUGUCGGUUGUGUUAUUGUUGAAGAUGGGAAGGUCAUUGCAUCUGGGAGAAAUCGAACAACAGAGACAAGAAAUGCUACAAGACACGCAGAGAUGGAAGCAAUUGAUGUUCUUCUUGAACAGUGGCAAAAAAGUGGACUUUCAGUGUCAGAAGUUGCUGAAAAAUUUUCAACAUGCAGUCUCUAUGUUACAUGUGAACCAUGUAUAAUGUGUGCUGCAGCUUUGUCGAUACUUGGUAUAAAAGAAGUAUAUUAUGGAUGCGCAAAUGAUAAAUUUGGAGGUUGUGGAUCAAUAUUGUCAUUGCAUUGUAGCAGCUCUAAACUACCUAACAGUGGGGACAUUGCACGAAGGAAAGAUUUCAAAUGUACUGGAGGAAUAAUGGCACUUGAAGCAGUCUCUCUUCUACGACGUUUCUAUGAACAAGGGAACCCCAAUGCUCCAAAACCUCACAGGCCACUGGUUCAACAGGCAACAAACAACUAGACUACCAAAACAAUAUUUCAUACUUUCUUGCUUCCAGUUGUCUUGAUGUUAGACUUGCGAGAUAAUCAAGUACCUUCAUCAUCUGUGGGAAUUCAGGCAGAGGAAUGUGCUGGUUCAUCAGCAUUGCUUCAACAGUUUAUGAGGGAUCUAGGAGCAAAGCUUUCAUGAUUAGUAGAUUUGAUUUUACACUUUCGACUGUACAAUCUCUUCUCAUCAGUUUCUUUCAAAACCCAGAUAAAAUCUAAGACGUGUAAUAAGAAGUAUUUUAGAUAGAAACUGUACACGGGGGACCAGAAAUUGAAAUUUGUGUUAUGGUCAAUGAAUGUAGCAAAUAUACUAUGAUUUUUUUCUUUCGGCAAUAAGAGAAUUUGUUACGAUGGAUCAUCAAUGUACACGAAGUUUGGAUU